UUCAUAUAUUUUCCCUUCAUAUUUCUCCCUUUUAUACAUUUCCUCUUCAAAUUUUCCCCCCUUGUAAAGAUUCCCCUUAAAAUUUCCCCCCUUAUAUAUAUUUCCCCUUCAUAUUUCCCCCUUAUAUAAAUUUCCCCUUGAAUUUUCCCCCCUUUUAUAUAUUCCCCCCCACCCCCCCUUCCUACCUUUCCCCUCCUCUCCCCCCCCCAGCUCCGUCCCCCCCGCAGCGGGUGCGCGGAGGGAUGAGCAGCGGGCUGGUGCUGCGCGCCCCGCUCCCCGAGGACGCCUCGGCGUUCACCCCGCUCAAGCCCGUCACCAUGUCGGGGGAGCCCGGCGAGGACGCCUCCGUCUUCGAGGACAUCAAGCCGCCCGCCCGGGCCCUGGACAACCCUCCCGACCUGGCGCAGCUGCACCCCAUGAGGAUGGAACAGCGGAUGCCGCUCAUUCUUGAGGGACGAUCUGAAAUGGAUAAGUACCUCUCCAGCCAGGUGCCUCCCAUCCCCAUGAUGCCAGACAAGAAAUACCGCCGGGAGAGCGCCUCAGUGGUGGAUGAGUUCUUCUCAGCCGAGAAGCCCAGUUCCACGCCGUACAGCGUGAACAUCAACGUGAUCCUGCCCGACACCACGCACUUGCGCACUGGACUUUACCGGCCCCCCAAGCCCAUGACCCCGUUCCCACAGAUCAAGACGGAGCCCGGCACCAGCUUCGCCCAGCCCUGCUCCUCCACUGCGGGCUCCACGCAGACCCUGCCUGACUUCACCAGCGUCUUCAGCAUGCCCCAGUCCGUGGCAGUCAACAACAUCUUCAUCAAGCAGGAGAUGCCUUCUGAGAUGCCGCUGUCCAGCAGCCCGCAGCAAGCCCAGCUUUACCAGAUGCCUCUUGGCAGUGGCACCACUGACCUUACCCCGCUGACACCCUCCUCCAACAGCACCACAGCCAUCAACAGUCUCAGCGGUGUCACCAUGUCCACAGGUAACGCCAUGUCCAGUGUGCUCCACAGACCUGUCCAGCCAGGAGGGCCAGUUAAGCAGUACCCACAUGUCUCCCAAGGACAGGGAAACUUCAACAUCUCAGGGCAGUUCUACCCCGUGCCGGGGGUGAACCUGCCCCCUUCGCCCCCCAACUCGCAGCCUGGCAGCCCAGAAAAUCAACCAGAGCUCAUCAACACCAUCUCUCCCCCACCAUCCUAUGAAGCCACUUUUGGACUGAAGCUGGUCCAGUCAUCCCAGGUCCCCCCAGUCCCCAACAGCCUUGGGACCCUCUCCCAAGGGCACAUUGUCAUGCAGCCCCCCAAAUACAACAGACGCAACAACCCUGAGCUGGAGAAAAGGAGGAUCCACCACUGCGAUUACCCAGGUUGCACAAAGGUUUAUACCAAGAGCUCCCACCUGAAGGCGCACCAAAGGACUCACACAGGCGAGAAGCCCUACAAGUGCACCUGGGAAGGCUGCGACUGGCGCUUCGCCCGCUCUGACGAGCUGACCCGGCACUACCGCAAGCACACGGGUGCCAAACCCUUCAAGUGCAUGGCCUGCGGCCGGUGCUUCUCCCGCUCCGACCACCUGGCCCUCCACAUGAAGCGGCACCAGAACUAGGGGCCACCUCCAUCGCCACGUCUCCGAGAGCAGCUGGGGACUCUUCUCCGAGGGGACCUCUCCUCCACUUGUACAUAGGAACAACCCCACGCUGUGAUCAACCGGCAGGGCAGCGGGCGAGCCCCGUCCCCGCUGUUCCUGGUUUUAAAAGAAAUCUUAUUAAAAAGAAUGAUAAUUAGACUGAUCUUGCGAUGAGGCUCCCUGCAGCACUGGGGCGAUGGGCCUUGGAUGGCAAAGGGCUUUCUUCCAGCAAACCUGCUAUUUAUUUGUCACUCGGGAGCAGCUGUCCUUCGCGUCUUGAGCUCGUGGGGACAUUUUGCCCCUCUCGGGUGGUGCCUCUGGGGAGCCCGAGGAGGGCUGGGAUGGGCUGAUGGGCCUGGAAGGUGCCACCACUGGUGACACCCUCUUGGACUGCCCCAUGUCAUGGCUGUGGAUGGCACUGGUGACGUGCAGGGGCCCAGGGCUGCUUGGGUUGACAACCCCAGUGUCUCUGGGGGCAUGGAAGAAAACUAUGAAGUACUGACCUGACGUGCCUUCAAGCAAGGGACGGCGCAGAAGCGGGUGACAAAAGCUCUGUCCCAUCGAGCCCACCCGUGGUUUGCUGGCUACCAGCUCGCUUGGGGCUGUGAGUGUCUGCCCUGCUUGGCCAGGUUUUCUGGUUGUGUCCUUAGCAUUUCCACUUCCAACAUGAAAUGUGACUCCAGGAGACUCUGGGAGGACCAGGGUGGGUCUUGGAGCAGAAAACCCACCCGUAAGCCCUGGCUUCCCAGAACAUGCCGUGCCUUUUCUCUAGCAGGCAGGUUCUGCCCCUGCCUUGACCACGCACACGAAGACCCAGUUGUUGCCAAUCACGCUGAUUGUGCGCUGUCACCAUUUCACCAAGUUCAGACAGAAAGGGAAGAGGAAAAAAAAAACAAGAGUCUUUGAAACAAAUUCCAAUAAAUCCUGCUGUUCAGACUGUGGUCGUGUUACCUACCUCACUGGCUCCCUGCCCCGGGCUCUGCAAGGCACCGUCCUCCUCUUCCUUGGGUGCUGUGAUGCAUGGGGCACAUCAGCUCCUCUUCAAAGCCUACCAGGGGUGAAGCAUGGGCAGAACAAGGACCAGGCCAUGCCAGUUUAACCAGCAGCCAUGGAGGUAAUAAAUAAAUCAGGAACAAACUAAUGGGCCCGGCGUGUUCAACAGAAUAUUGAUUUCCACCCCCCACCAACUCGUCUCUUGUUCUUCCUUGAACAAAUUGAAGGGACGUGUGGAUGGAUGUGCCUCCUUGCCAGGAACCACACCACAGCAUCUUCAGGCAAUGGAAAUGUGAAGGAAAGGGCCCCAGCUGCAGGUUAGCCAAAAUCCAUGGCCAGGUUCCUGGUGGCCUUUUGCCUUCGAUGAAUGAAGCUGGUCCCACCUGCGGCGCACGCAGCCGGUCUGCCGUGCCAGGAGGAAGAGGUUGCAGCUUUUGGGAUGAUGUGGCCGGGACUGGCAGUGGUGAGGUCUUUGUGUGAACACAGCUUCAUCCUCCUCCCGUCCCGUGGUACCCAGCAGGUAGGGAUGGAGGGGUGAAACGCACCCCGACGCUCUGAAUUGGCAGGUGACUUGCUAUGUAGGUGAGUGGAGAAGGCUUCCCAGACCUCGGUGCUGAGGCUGGGAACGGGCUCGUCCCCUCUCCACCUUGUAGGCUGUGGGGUCUCUGCCUGCACUGGGGUCUGGGAGGAGCACUGUUUUCCCCUCUAGCUUCUAUUUGGAGACCCACAGAGCAGGGUCAGGGCGGAUGGGGAAGUCCUUGCCUAUAGAAACCCCCCUCCGGCACAAACACGGCCGUGUUUCUCCUUUCUUGAGUGGGUUGAGCUCACCACAAAGGAAUCCAGGGUAGUGCAGGAGAUGCCCCAGCCAGCCGCUGCCGGUGUCUGCAGGCUCGGUGGGGCUGGUGGGAACCCAACACUGCUGUGCUGGGACCUGCCAGCACCCACCCCGCUGCCGGCACCCGUCCAGUCCUGUCCUCGUCCCCCUGCUGCGCGCUGUGACCGCCAGCCUCCAGGCGAGGCUGAACCUCCCAGCAGGGUGAUCCCAACGGCAGGGCAUGGGGUCGACCCAGUCACCUCAUGUGCCCUCCUAGAGGAGUUUCAUUGCCUCCCCUUUUAUUUUGGGGAGAGAAACCUGCAGCCACCACCACUUCCAGUUCUUGGGGCACAAAACCCAUUUGCUGGCAAAGAGCAAAAGACAAACCAAGCAACAGGCAGCUUUAAGUCUUAGGGGAAUUUGGAAUAAUUUUCCUGAUGAUCCUGUACUUUUAUUUUUUAUUUUUUAACUACAGAAAAAAAUGCACCUGCUCAUCCUCACAUAGAUAUACAUAUAUAUAUAUUUGUUGUAUUUGAGAUUAUUUUGAUGGGGGGAUGGCAGGGGAAGAAGUGUCUUAACGAAAACCCCACCCCUGUGCAGCUCUGCACCUCUGGUCCGCAUGCAAAAUGCCGCCAUGCAAAUGUUUUACUAGUGCAAAGGCAAUGCUUAACAACAAAAAAAGACUCCAGAGCAAUGCCUCGGCUUUUAUUCCCCUAUUUCUGCCUCCAACCAUGCAUUUGGUGCUGCCUGUGAGCCCCAGAAGCUGGGGCAGGUGGGAGGGGUACAGAGGGAGGGCUCGCAGGUGGCACUGGGGAAGGUUUGUGACCCCGGGGGUCUUCUCCUGUGACUUUUCCAUGCUUUGUGCAGAACAAACCUGGCUUUUGGCAGCCGGGAGGCGCUUGUAUCAUAGCAGAAAAAGGCUGUAAAUAGGAAAGCACUGCAUCGCUUGGCGGGGCUGUGCGGGCUGGACUUGAUCGUUCACUGCCCGAGAUGAGCACAGCGAGAAAAAAUGUUUGGGACCUGGAAAACUUGGGUAGAAGGUUUAUUUUUCCGGUGAUGCUUUUUGUUUGUUACACAGCCCCCCAACUCCGAAACUCCCCUACAACUUUUAAUCUAUCUAAUAUUUUGUAAUAAAAUUUUAUCACA